GUGCGCAGCCCGGGCCGGGCCGGGGGGGCCGCCAUUACGCGGAGCGGAGCAGGCCUCGCUUCCCGGCCUCUUGCGCCGCCACCGUCAGGCGGGCCCGGGCCUCGCGGGCCCCGAGCGCGGCGGGGCCCUGCCCUGCCCGGCCCCCAGCCCCGCCCCGCCGCCAUGGAGGAGAAGGGUUUCGCCAAGGAGCUGGACCAGUGGAUCGAGCAGCUGAACGAGUGCCGGCAGCUGAGCGAGAGCCAGGUCCGCAGCCUCUGCGAGAAGGCUAAAGAAAUUCUUACGAAAGAAUCAAAUGUGCAAGAGGUACGUUGCCCUGUCACCGUCUGCGGGGAUGUCCAUGGUCAAUUCCACGACCUUAUGGAACUCUUUAGAAUUGGUGGGAAAUCGCCAGACACAAAUUACCUGUUCAUGGGAGACUACGUGGACAGAGGCUAUUACUCGGUGGAAACAGUGACUCUUCUAGUAGCAUUGAAGGUGCGUUACCCAGAACGCAUUACAAUACUGAGGGGCAAUCACGAAAGCCGGCAAAUUACACAAGUGUACGGCUUUUAUGAUGAAUGUCUGCGAAAGUACGGCAACGCCAACGUCUGGAAGUAUUUCACAGAUCUAUUUGAUUAUCUUCCACUUACAGCUCUAGUAGACGGCCAGAUAUUCUGUCUCCACGGUGGCCUCUCUCCAUCCAUAGAUACACUGGAUCAUAUCAGGGCUCUGGACCGCCUGCAGGAAGUACCACAUGAGGGUCCUAUGUGUGAUCUGUUAUGGUCAGAUCCGGAUGAUCGUGGUGGCUGGGGUAUAUCUCCACGUGGUGCUGGCUACACAUUUGGACAAGACAUUUCGGAAACGUUUAAUCAUGCCAAUGGUCUCACACUGGUCUCCCGUGCUCACCAACUUGUCAUGGAGGGUUAUAAUUGGUGCCAUGACCGAAACGUGGUUACCAUUUUCAGCGCGCCCAAUUACUGUUACCGUUGUGGGAACCAGGCUGCUAUCAUGGAACUAGACGACACUUUAAAAUAUUCCUUCCUCCAGUUUGACCCAGCUCCUCGUCGUGGAGAGCCUCAUGUUACCCGUCGUACCCCAGACUACUUCCUAUAAACCUCUCCUAACCUUUGUAAGGAAGUACACCUGGCAUUUUAAAGAGCAACAAUAUUUACACGUUUCUGUAAGAAAUCAGGGUUCGUCUCAAUUUAAAAAUGCCCAUCAUGGACCAAAAUGUGCCAUACAGAGGACGAAGAGUGUUUAGCACAACUUGAGACUGAAUUCCUUACAACACUAUAUAUAUAUAUCCUAUGCCCAUCAGUCCGACAGUCGGUUUGCCUGCUGUAUUUGUAGUCAUUGUUUGUUUGGUUUUUUUUUUCUUCUGGACUGUUCAGAGAGGAAAAGGUAACUAAUAACACUUCAUCUCCUUUGAUGCUUCUUUGUAAAUUUUUAGUUCUAGUGUUUAACUGGCAUGAGUUAGAGUUUGUUUUUGAGGGAAAUGCACACUAACUUCUUCCCCCACCACUCUUAUUUUAUUAAAAAGACCAAUCGACUUAACUGGAGAAAGGAAGCAAUUCCUGCUUGGGAGUACGUUGUCAUAACACGAUAAAAGCGUGCCCUUUUAAGCUCUGUUCCCGUCCUGUGUUUAUCCUGCCUCUUCUUUUUUGUUUUGUUUUGUUUUGCUUUCGUUUUCUUUUGUUAUUUCCGCUCUCCCCUCUGUAUAUUUGUCCCCGAAGUGCUUGCGAUCCUCCUUGAUGUACCCCGAACCAAUAAACUUGCCGUUGCCAGCCCCAA